AUGCAAGAAAAAUCGUAUUGGCCCAAUUAUUUAUUAAAUUCGAUUAAAUUAGUAAUUGACGUUCACCAUCUCUCAGAAUGGAGAGAUUUGCAUCCCAUAUGCCAAAAAUCAAUCUUAGCAGAUGGCCACAGGAGAGUCUUUAACAAUCGACUUUGAAUUUUCUGGCUUCAUGUUUUUAGGGCUAAUUCUCUGGACACAACUCCCAGUAUCGUGCUAAGCACAAGCCUUUUGCAGUUCUGCAAGAAUCUUAUCGCUCUACUCACCUGGUCUAUCUCUAACUGGGCCCUUUCCAAGAAAACUUGAGGUAAAACUCCAUGCCAAGGGUUAGCUAUCUGAGACACCAAAAAAACCCACGUGCUCGAUAUUCAUCAGGAACACCGGGCCUUUUUCUCAGUACGGUUUCCCAACUUGGCUGUUUCCUGCAUUGUUGAGAAAAUUGAUCAAAGAGGUCGGUCUUCUUCACCAUAUUAAAGAUGCAUUUGGCUCAAUUAUAAUUCUAGACUAGGAUAUGAGAGCAUCUCUGAUGAUUGAGCAAACGCAAGUGAAUGCACUGAUGCAAAAAGCAGAAGAAACCACUAUAAAUCCAACAACAUCGAAGAACAAGAGGAUUAUGAAAAUAAUGCUUUUACCCUAAACGGCCAAAACAAAUCAUUUGAUCAAAACUACUCUCCAAUGAUCUUUGAAUCGAGUCUAAAUGAAUCUUUCCGAAGCUCUUUUAUUGGAAAAAAUAAUUUGCAUACAACUGCUAUGAAUCCUAGCUUUCUACUGCAAUUAGACAUGGAUAAUAGCAGUAAAAAAUACUCACUCCCCCCAUCCCUUGAUCGAACGACUCGCCAUCGUUCGAUCAAGGAUGGGGGUUAAAAAAAAAUAUUUUGGGAAAAAAAAAUUUUAUAUAUAAAAUAAAAAUAUAUAUAUAUAUUUUUUUUAUUUACUUUUAAAUAAGAGGGUUAAGAGUAUUUAAUAAUUAUUUUUAAAGCAAAAAAUUGAAUUAAUUUAAAUAAAAUACCAAUUUUUAAUAUUUUGAUUAUUUGCUACCCCUUUAAACUGCAUAAAUUUUAAUUUGUUCCUUAUUGAAUUAAAAUUUUUGUUUUUUUAAUUUUUAAAGAUCUCUAUUUUUUAGAUUAUUGAGUUUUUAAGCCUAGGUUGAUGACUAAUCACUUCGGAUGGUUGAUUUCGCAGCUUUCUGUCGUCUCAAAGCUCUGAAAACAACUUCAUUAGGUACAUCUUCCCAAGCUUUUGAUAACUAAUAUACUUUUAUAUAUAUAAAAAUUUGCAUGAUAUGAAAAUAGUUCGAUCAAGGAUGGGGGUUAAUUUCCCCAAUUUUUAGGAAUUUUUACAGUCAAUCGUUCGAUCAAGGAUGGGGGGGAGUCAGCUGGAAACACAAUCAAAAGUCUUAAGUCUAGCUAUACAGACAAUCAAUCAACACUCAGCUUUGAUACCUCAGAGGCACUUAAGGGCUAUUUAAAGAUCAGAGAGUUUACUCAAUUUGAAAUAAUUGAAGAAUUAAAUGACAAUUACCCUCUUCUCGAAUUAAGAAAAGCAUUACUAAGGAUAAAAUGUGGAGUUUCUCAGUUUUGCUAUCAUAUUGUGAGUAACCCAGCUUUUGAUGCUAUUAUUUUAUGUUUUAUUAUUGCAAAUGCGAUAGUUUUAUCAAUUGAAGACCCAAAUGCUAGUUCUCAGCCUCAAAAUCUAUCAAUCAUGGAUCAGAUUUUUUUAUAUGUUUACACUGCAGAGUUCGCUUUAAAAGUUUUGGCUUAUGGAUUUAUUUUCAAGAAAACUUCGUAUAUUAGAGAUCCUUGGAACAUCCUUGAUUUUACUAUUCUAGUGACUGCAUGAGCUGCAAACUAUGCAAAUUCUGGGGUGAAUUUAAGUGCUCUUAGAUCGCUUAGAAUUCUAAGACCUUUGAAAAGCAUAUCUUCGCUCAAGGGUCUGCGUGUGCUUGUUUUAGCACUUUUGGGGUCAAUUUUGCCACUAUCAAAUAUUUUCAUUAUAUUGUUUUUUGUUCUAUUGAUUUUUGGCAUAAUCGGCAACCAAUUAUUUAGUGGGAUGUUUACCUAUCAAUGCAUGAACCUAGAAUCUGGGGCUAUGCAGUACCCGCUAAGCAGAAUGACUUCAUGCGGAAGCAUGGACUGUGGCCAAGGCUAUGAAUGUGUAAAUACCUUAAAUAAUCCUCAAUAUGGAAUGAUCAAUUUUGAUAAUGUCAUGAUGGGAUUUUUACAAUGCUUUACGUCGAUCAGCCAAGAAAGCUGGAGCGAUAUAAUGAGGAUUGAAGAAAAGGCUUUUAAUCAGCCAAUGGCAAUUAUUUUUUCUAUUACAUUGAUAUUCAUUGGGACUUUUUUGGUCUUGAACCUUAUGGAAGUCAUUUUAUUUUCAAACUUUUCCAAAGAAAUGGAAAAGGCCCGUUUGAAACAAAAAUCGAAAGAUGUAAUUGAGGAUGAAGAAUCGGCUGAUUCUUCGAUAUUGGAGAAUUUAAUUCCGGAAAAUGACGCAAUAAAUAAAGAAGGGAAUCCAUCAAAAAUGGAUAAAUCUGAUUCAGACCCAGAAAAUAGCUUAAUUCAAGGCAACCGUGAGGAAAAAGAAGAAAUUCCGCGUUUGGAUAGAAAUAAAAGAUCUGGGGAUCAAAUUAUAAUCCUAAAUUCAAAAAAACUCAAAAUGAGCGGAAUUUUUCAGCAAGCAAAGCCUAAAAUUAUGGAUUAUGCUUUUUCUGAUUUUCUAGAUAUGAAUUCACUUGAAAAUAACAUCAAUAAUAAAGAUGCAGCAGUUAAAGACCAAAAUGACAGCUUGCCUUCUCCAAAAAUUGCGUUCGACGCUCAUAACUUUACCACUUCGCAGCCUCUCAGCGAGAAAAGAAAUUUGAAAUACCCAAACAAAUUCUCAGCUGACAGUUUUGAAGACGAUUUACUAAACCCAGGAAAACCUGCAGAAAUGACGCUGAGCAUGAUGAACUCUCAUUCUGUAAGUGAUGAGCCUAAAGAUUCUAUGACACGCAAAGGGAGUUUGCUAUCAAGAAUGACAUCUUUAUUCCAAAACACACCCAAAAGAACCCUAUCAAAAAUUACUUCAACUAAAACAUUAACACCUCUGCUAACAAAGGUAAAAAAUAUAAAAAUUCGAAAAGAUUUAGUGCAAAAACUUAAAAAUGUUCCUGAAUCCACAAAACUUAAAGCUCAUAUUGACGAAAACAACGAAAUCUCAUCAGAUUCUAUUUAUGAUGUUUUGAAUGGAGAAGAUACCCAAAAUGAGCAUAGCCUAUCAAAAAAAUAUACAUUUGUCUAUAGAGGAGGAAAAAGCGUAUUGAGUGAUUUAGAAAGUCUUACUCAAAAAUGAGAUAACAAUGUUUUAGAUGUUUUGGACAGAUAUAGAAACAUAGGCGACAAGCCUGAAGUUUUUAAUUUUUUAUGCACAAAAUUCAGAGCCAAGAUAGCAUUUUAUAUGACUUCAAUUGAAGUCCCUUUAAUAAUCAAAAAAGUGAAAGAGAAGGACAAAAUAACAAAUAAUGUUAUUGGAGACUGGUCAGGAUAUGAUAUAAAUUCGAAUGAUGGAAUAAAAGCAAAUGAAUAUAAAGAAAAAAUGGACAGCAUGAAAUACAGGGUAUGAAGCCGAGGUGCUUUAGGAACAUGACAAAAGUUUUCAUAUCCAUUAAAAGUGAUUUCCAAAAGCAAAUGCUUUAGUUAUGUGAUGAUUUUAUGCGUGGCUACGAAUACAAUAGUUUUAUCAAUCAACCAUUAUGGCAUUGAUUCAUCUACUGAGUCAACUCUCACUACAAUGAAUUCUGUUUUUACAAUUAUUUUUGUUGCAGAAAUGGGGAUAAAAGUUUUAGGCCUUGGGUUUGCUGACUAUUGCAGAGAAAAAAUGAACAUCUUUGAUGGUGUUAUAACUGUUUUAGGCUUAAUUGAGUAUCUAUUUCUAGCAGACUCAGGAACUUCGUUUAAAGCAUUAUGGGCAAUCAGAAUUUUAAGAAUUUUCAGAGUUAUCAGAGUUGUCAGGCUUUUUAGAUAUCUUCAGACCAUGACCCAUAUAAUCAACAAAUUAUCAAAAAACCUUGCAAAUUUUUUUUAUUUAAUGAUUUUUGUUUUACUUUUUCUUUUGAUUUUUACUAUCAUUGGUCUCCAACUAUUUGCAGGAAAACUUGAUUUUACAGAGUCUAAGUAUAAAUACAAUUUCAAUGAUUUUUAUUUUUCUUUUAUUUCAAUUUUUCAGAUAAUGACUGCUGAGAGCUGAAAUUAUAUACAAUAUGUAUGCAUGAGAUCAACAUAUGGGUAUUCGGGUGUGCUAUUUCCAGCUUGGUGACUAGUAUUAGGAAAUGAGAUUUUAUUAAACAUAUUUUUGGCUUUAGUCCUUGAUAUGUUCUCAAAUGAAGACGAAGAUGAUGAUACUGAUUCAAUCUCAACAAAAAGUGAGAGGAGAAGCAGCAUCUUUUCUAUGACAGCCAGGAUAAGAAAAAAGAAAGAAAAAAGGCUAAAAAUGCUUGAAGAUUUAAGUGACAGUGAUAGCGAUAGUGGUAGUGAAGAAAACGUUUACUUACUCUCCCCCUCUGUGAGUGAACAAAAUUUUUUUUUUCGAAAUUUAAAAAAAUUUCACUUCUAUAAAAAUUGGAAAGCAAAUAUUAAUUUAAUUUAUAAAAUUUAUAUUUUAAAACGCAAUUCGUUUAAAAAUUAAAUAGAAUAACUCGAGAUUUCAUUAUACUAAUUAUCGCUUAUAUAGCAAAAAUUUUUUCCAUAAAAAGUUUUUUCUAUUAAAAAAAUUUUUGUUACUCACGGAGGGUGGGUUUUUAGGCAAAAAAUGGUGAUUUUUUUCCAAUGGUUUUGUUCACUCACGGAGGGGGGGAGUUAGAUGAUUUGCAUACAGCGAGUACUAAAAAAGAUACUAAAACUUUAUAUCAAGGAAUUGAAUGUGAAAGAAGCUUUUUCGUAUUUUCAAAAAAUAACUUUUUGAGGAAGGCUGCAUAUAAAUUGACCAGUAGUCAAAAGUUCGAAGGCUUUAUACUAUUUGUAAUUAUGGGUAGCACACUAAAAUUGAUUUGGGAUACUUAUCUGCUUGACUACUCUGAAGAUGAUACAAGAGUUGUAAUUUCUUAUUAUUUUGAUAUAGCUUUUACAAUACUUUUUGGUAUAGAGGGUGUCAUAAAAAGCAUUUCAAUGGGUUUUCUGAUAUCGAAAGGAUCUUAUCUUAGAGAUUCCUGGUGUCAAUUAGAUUUUAUGAUAGUGACACUAUCAAUUUAUUGAUCUUGCUUUAACUUAACUUAACUAAUUAUCUGGUGUUUAAGGUGUCUAGUGCCGCAGCCCAAAAUGGACCUAUGGCAAAACUAGUGACGUAGGCGAGCCAUCUUGGUACAGGUCAGCCCUGGCCAAGCCUUCUAUCAACUCCUACUACACCAGCCUUGCUGCACGUCUCACCGGGCGCGAUGCCGUCGCCCUUGUCUAGACUCAGCUCCUGCGCGUGUUCCGCCUGAGGGUCAUCUUCCCUUGGAGAUGUGCUGAGAGGUAAAAGCCCGAAAUCUUGAGAGGACUGAGGAGCAGUUCCUCUGGUUAUCCCCAGAGUUAAACCGCUAUUGCUGUCCAGAAGUUCUCGAGUGAAAACCUAACCCCAUAAAUAAAAUUCCAUGAGGGAGAGAAAAUUAGCAAAGCUAAUUUCUCUCGAACCGAAUGCCAUUUUAUUGAUCUUGCUUUAACAAAUUUAAAUGUCCCUGUGAUUAAAGUUCUAAGGCUGCUUAGAAUUUUGAGACCCCUGAGAAUUAUAAGCCACAAUAUUCAAAUGAAAAUUAUGAUUAACGCCUUGAUAGAGUCACUUAUAGGAGUUUUUAAUGUAGCAAUUGUCAUUUUACUUGUUUGGCUUAUUUUUGCUAUUCUAGGGGUAUCGCUAUUUGGUGGAAAAUUGUAUAAAUGCUCUAACGGAAAUAUUGAUAACAUAGACGAUUGCCAAUCUUUAGGAUAUGAUUGGGUGAACUCAAAUUUCAAUUUUGAUAGCGUCCCAGAUGCUAUGAUAGCUUCAUUUAUAUUGACAACCCAAGAAAAUUGGCCGGAUUACAUGUUUCUAACAAUAAGUGGCUAUAAAGAUGGUCAUGCUCCUAUUCUUAUCUUAAUCUUAAUUAUCUAUAACGCUUUACGUCCACUAAGGGGUAGCCAACUCGAGAGCUGCCACCAUAUUUAUCCACGUGUCGGGCCCAGGAACCUCUGGAUCGAUCCCUUUUGAUCGCCAGGGCACGAGUAAAUAAGGCGUUCCGGCUUCGACGGGCAUCGCUGCCGCCACGGCUUUAUUCCGACUCAGCUCCUGCUCGUGCUCCGCCUAAGGCUCCACCUCCUUUGGAUGUGCUGAGGGGUAAAGAUCUGAGAGUCUUGAGCGCAUUGAGGAACAGUUCUUCUGGUUAUCUCCAAAGUUAAACCGCUGUUGCUGUGCAGAAGUUCUCAAGGUAAAACCCAACCCCAUAAAUAAAAUUGCUUUCGCUUCAAGCGAAGUUAGCUCCGCUAACUUUCUCUCACUCAAGCAAUUUUAUUUAUGGUCAUGCUCCUAUUCAAGGAUAUUUCCCAAGUGCUGCUGUAUAUUUCAUAAUCCAUUUAACCAUAUCAUCAAUUUUUUUCAUCAACCUUUUAGCUGGUGUCAUCUUUGAAAAAUUCACUGAAGCUAAAAAAAAUGAGAGCUCCUUAGCUUCACUUAUCCUUUCUAAAGAGCAGAUGGUAUGAGUCGAGCUCCAAACCUUGAUUUCCCAAUCAAAGCCUCAAAUAGAAAAAUCAAACAAGCCUGAAAAUAAAUUUCAAUUAUUUUUUUAUACAAUGCAAGCGCACUGGACUUUUGAAGCAUUUGUAAGCACUUGCAUUAUAUUCAAUUUCAUUGUGAUGUGCCUUUACUAUGAGCAAGCCUCUGAAACAUGGACAAGUGUACUGGAAAAUUUAAAUUCUGCGUUCACCUAUGUAUUUAUAGGUGAAGGAAUCAUAAAAAUAACCGGAAUGGGAGUGACUUAUUUUGGAGAUAGAUGGAACAGGUUUGAUUUUUUUGUUGUAGUUUCGUCUAUUAUUGAUUUAAUCAUGACUUAUUAUAUUUCUUCAGGGAGUUCAGUUUUGAGCAGGGCUCCACAAGUCAUUAGAACGGUAAGGGUUCUGAGGGUGACUCGUAUUAUUAGACUUGUAAAGAAAUUCAAAACGCUUCAGGAGUUGAUCACUUUGGUUUCCUAUUCAAUACCUUCAAUUCUAAAUGUUUCAUCAGUUUUACUGCUGAUUUAUAUUAUUUAUGCAAUACUUGGGGUGUUUCUUUAUCACUCUAUUGACAAUGGGGUUAUGUUCGAUGAUUAUAGCAACAUGCAUAAUUUCGAUAAGGCCUUAGUUAAGCUCUUUAGACACUCAACAGGUGAAAACUGACCUGAUGCCAUGUUUGAUUGUGCGAAUUCGUCAGCUGGGGAAACGGUUUCUUAUAUAUAUUGAUGCACUUUUAUAGCAGCGACUACUUUUGUUAUGCUUAACGUUUUUGUGAUGGUAAUUUUGCAAGACUAUCAAGAUUUUGCCAAUGAUGCAAAAAGUGGAGUAAUCAUUUUCAAUAAAGAUGUAAAGAAAUUCAAAAAAGCUUGGGCAAUUUAUUCAGUGGCAAGUGAAGGAAUAAGGAUUCAUUACAAAUUUAUUGUUGAGCUUAUGUACUCCUUAGGCGAAGAUUUAGGAGUCCCAUUGGAUACCCCACAUGAGAAAGUUAUUAAACUGUUGUCAAUUAUGAAUAUUCAUAUAGAUUCUGAAGGAUACAUAUAUUAUAAUGAUAUGCUUUUUGCAGUCCUUAAAAGAAAGCACGCAAUUGGCUUAGUUAAACAUUUAGACAAAAAAUCACAGAAAUUGAUAAGAAAAGAAGAAAACACUACCAUUAAAAAGCUUCAGAUAAUUAGAGAUAAAAUAAGUACAGGGUUCAAUUCAGAAUUUAGAGUAAAAUUUAUAUAGAAUAAUCAAUUGAAGGGCAAAGGCAAAACAAAUUUAUUCUUUGCAAUGAUAUAUGCUAGAAGUGUAUUUAGAAGCUGAAAAAAUUGAACAAAAAAGAGGAGGGAAAAAGAUACGAGUUCUAUUAGUAUCACGCCUCAGUUUUCAGAAGUUGAAUAUCCUGGUGAAAAUUCGGCUGCUUCUGAAUUUCAGACUGGAAAUCAAGAUAUUUCUGAACAUACUUUAUAA